AAUAGACACUGAAUUGAAAAUGCACAAUGGUUCAAAUAAGAAAAUAAUUAUUUCCCGAACAAUAAAGAAAACAUCAUGGCCACCAAUCUCCGCCCAUUUGGGUCACGCUAAAUGCGAUUCCACCCUUUUAAAAUUCUACAUCUACAAAACUAAUGAACCUGCUACAUGUGACAACAUGAGGAUUUGAAAGUUUCGCUGUCGGAUGGACUGCUAUGAUCCACUUACAUUUCUGUUUCAGCAGAACGUCUUCCUUCGUUAAGGUUUUUCAUUUGCAUCAUGUUGCUUCAUGUUCUGCUCCUCCUUCAUGCAUCAGGAGGAGCUUCUUCCUCCAUCUCUUGUUAUGAUGAUCAGGGGAAACCUGUUGACUGGUUUUACUUGUACAAACUCCCACGCCAGCAUCAUGAGCCUGUGCAGGAGGGGCUGAAGUAUCUUUUCAUGGAUGGAGAGAGUGAGGGAUGGAUAGAUGGGAAGACUUUAGUUAAUGACAGUCAAAGUGCUGUUGGUCGAACAGUUGGGCCUUUAUAUGAGGGUGGUGAUGUUGGAUACAUCUUGUAUAAUGACCAGCCACCACAACAGAAGCAUUUUGAAGGUGCAAGCAGGACUUGUGGCCACACCAAAGGAGUUGUUGUCUUUGAUAAGCAGCAGGGCUUCUGGUUGGUCCACAGCACACCUCAUUUCCCUCCUCCUAAAUCAGCGGGCACGUUUUCAUAUCCCAGUUCUGGCAUAAAUAAUGGACAGAACUUCAUCUGUGUCACAUAUCCCUUUGACCGCUUUCAGACCAUAGGUGAGCAGUUAAAAAUCAAUCAGCCUCACAUAUAUGACUGCAGCAUCCCUGGUUCUCUGGCCGCUGCUGUUCCUGCUAUGGCUCAGCUCUGUAAACACACACUGGGCAGAUGGGACAACACUUCCUCCUCCCCAUCCAAUCGCAGUAUGUCACUCCUCUCACUGGCUGGAACGGAGUUCAUUAGCUUCGCAAAAGGUGCAUCAUUUGCCAAUGACCUGUAUCACUCUUGGGUGGCGCCUACGCUACAGUCUGACCUGCUGGUUCAGUUCUGGCGUCGCUCCACUGGCCUCCUGCCCUCUGACUGCUCUCCAAGCUGGAAAGUUCUCAACAUAGAUCUCAUUUCCCCAAGCCAGAGCAUCACGUUCAAGGCUACAGAGGAUCACUCGAAGUGGGCGGUCAGUACCGGCAGCAGCCGCACUGGAAGUGGGACAUCGGGCGGCUGGGUCUGCGUAGGAGACAUCAACCGUGACGAGGCGGAGGAAAAGAGAGGUGGGGGUACAGUGUGCCGUCAAGAUGCUGUGGUAUGGAAGGCCUAUCGCUCGGCUGCCUUGCAGUGCGAGGCCUGUAGUGGAGAAGUGCAGACAUGCGAAAAAGCCGCACGGUAUCGCUAAUGCAGCUGGGCGCAGCAGAACGAACAUCCAAAUCAGGGUAAUGCAGAACGACUGCAGGUGUAGGUGUGAAAGAGGUAUGAGGUAAAACAUUUUUUCAAUUCGAUGUAGCAAUAUGCAGGGUAAUUAAUUUAAAUGCAAAAGGACUGUAAAUGUAUGAUUAAAUCCUUAAAUGUCUCAGAACUUUAGCUAAAGCAGCUACAAAUUUUAUUUUAAUACGGUACAAUUUUUAAACUGUGUAUAUAUAAAUAUUUGCUUGGGCUAUGAUCAAAUCUAUUUUUUUAAAUACAUAAGAAGAAACAUAGAGUAUUAGAUGGUGAAGUGUUUCAUUUAUUCAGCAUUAAACCUAAAAUGCAAAAAUAAUUUCAAACUUCUGUUAUUACAACAAACUAACUCUCACCAUUGGUUGAGGCAAUGGGACAAUUUUCUGUUUGAUGUCUUUAGUGGCACAGAAUUAUGCACAUCACCUCGAGAAUCCACAAGUGCAUUAUGAGAAUUAGAUUGAGAUGUGUCUUGUUUUUAAUCACUGAAGAUUUGUUGCUGUAUUAUAUUGAAGAAAAUAAAAGCACAGUAUGAGACUUUAACUACAUUUUCACUGCUUUAACUUUUCACAAAUUAUAAUAAAAUAUUUUGUAUAACUAAGGCUGGGCAGAGUACCCAGUAGUGAGCCCAAAAGAGGCCUGAACUAAUAAAGUUAUACCUUUAAACUGUUUUAGAAA